AUGUUAAGUGAUAAAACAAUACAUUUACUUAUGCAAUGCGUAGAUAAUCUAGGCGAGUUAGAAAGAAAAAUUUUCGAUGGAUUUGAUUGGAAAACAAAAAUUGAAAAAGAAUUCGCGUCCAUACAAAACGAUAAAUUUUUAUCAGAAUGUCUAGAAAUUAACGACGUUAUAUCUAAUAUAGAUAAAAAAACAACUAUAGAAAUUAUUUUAUCUCAAAUGAAAAAAAUAAGACUUGCAGCAGUUUCAGCUAUUUAUAAUUGUGUGAAACGAGAUAAGACAAUUUUAAACAAGCAACGAUUAGCACAUAUUGAAAACUGUAAAGUAGAUGACGACAAUGAAUUCAAAAAAUACAAAGUUAUCAUAUUAGGAAGUUUUGACAAUGGUAAAGAUAUAGAUUAUAAGAAACUAUUCAAUGAAUGUUUGGAACAAAUAGAAAAGGAUGGCGAUAUCGAACAGCCGAUAAAGUACAUCGAUGACCAGAGCAAAGAUGAGAAAAGAUGUAAAGAAUUAUUUAAUGAAUAUACAAUAACGAAAAUUAGUAAAUUAUUUGUCAAGGAUAAAUUAAGUGAAACGAUGAAAACAUAUGCUUGUGCAAUUAUUAAUAAUUAUCUGGAACGUAGUUAUACUAGUGCUUUGAAUGAAAUUCAACUUAGAGAUUAUAGUAAUUUAAUAGAUAAUUCAAAAUAUGAUGAAAAUUUAAAAAUUGAAGCAUUAAAAUCAAUAAUUUUGUCUAUUGAGAAAAAUAAAGAUUUACCUGAAUUUAUGACCGAAACUCUUAUUAAAAAUAUUAACAAGGGUAACGAUAAACUUGAUAAUUUUAUUAUAUUGAUUAUAAGAAUUCUCUCGGAAGAAAAAAAGAUUGAAAAUGUUGAUAUCUUAUCAACAAAAUUAUUAGAAGAUUGGAUUAUAGUUAGAGAUGGAAUUGACAUUAGUUUUGAAAAAAGUUCAGAAGAAAAUAAUUAUGGUCAUUCAAUAUCAUCAAUGGUCGCUCAAAUUUUUGUGAAUUGUUUGCAGAAGAAUACUCGAAUAAACGAUAAAAGCUUUGAAAAUCUUGUUAAGGCACUCAAUAGUAACGAUAAACAAACUUGUAUUUUAUCAGCAAAAUCAUUAUAUUUGGCCUCGAAAACUCAUAAUAUUAAAAAUGACAUAUUAGUGACACUAAGAGAACAUGUAGACAAUAGUAUACCUGAUGUUUCUAUCUAUUCAACCGUUGCUUAUGCUCAAGGUUUAGCAAAAUUGUCAUCAGUCAAAGAGCCGAUCAUGAAAAGUCAUAUUGAAUUUUUAUCUAAUAUUUAUGUAUUUGAAGAAUUACAACUAGGAGAAGAAUAUUUUACUGAUGUAGUCAAUAAAAAUAUUUUAUCUAUAUUAAAGAACGAAGCAGCAAAUCAGCUAUUUGAAGAGGAUAUUUUUCAAAUUUUUGAUCAUAUUUUAUUGUUUGAAAAUCAUUAUAUGCAAGAAACAAUCGAAAUACUUAUUAUAUAUUCAGCAAAUAAAUAUCCUAUUCAAGAUAGUACAAUAUUUGCACUAGAGAAUGUUGCUAGUACACCUGAAUUAUCUAAUCAAAUUUUACAAUUAUUUGAAAACAUAGUUUACAAAAAGCAAGUCAUCGGUGAAAAAAUUCUACGCAUUAUAGCUGAUAAUUUUUAUUUAUCAGACAAGGAUGAAUUUCGAGAUCAAUCAUUUUAUAUUCUAAAUAUGGCAAAUGAUAAUCAAGAUAUAUCAGAUGAAUUAUUUGAUAUAUUGGAAUUAGAAAGGGCGAGUCUCGCUAUUAGUCAAUGUUUACUUGAUGCUAAUGACUCUAUCAUUUAUUUAUGUGAAAAGACAAAGGAAGGACAAAAGAUAACCAUAAAUGGUUUUCGAGCAUUGAGUAAAGUAAUUUUUCAUAAGCAAUUUAUACUCAAUGAAGAUAUCUUGAGAAUUUUAUUAAAUGUUUCCAAGAAUGGACAAAUGAUACCGAAUAAUUUAAUUGAUAAGCUUGUGAAAAGAUUCGAUCCGAAACUUGCCCAAUCUUACUUAAUUGAAAUAUUCGAAAAUUUAGUUAAAAAUAAUCAGAAUAUAUCAGAGGAAUUUUCAAGUAAAUUAACAAUAGCUUUAGAUAAUUCAAUUAUUGUUGAUCAAGUACUAUUCAUUUUUCUACUUCAAGGACAAAAAGGUAAAAAUCUAUCCGAAAAGAUCAUUCGUAAAAUUCUCGAUAAGUUUUUGGCCAUAGAAAAUCCUUCGACUAUGCAACACUAUUUGCCUGUUAUUUGUUCCGUUAUCGAAAAGGAAGAUUAUUUCAAACGUCAUACACAAAAUCUUUCUAAUGAAAUAGUCGAUAACAAUUUCGAUACAAUUAUAAUCCCAGCUGUAAAUAGAGCUCUAAUUCAUGCUCUUAAAACAGAUAAUCAAGAUGUUAUUCGUAAAAGUAUUAGUGGACUUAAAACACUUAGAUCGCUUCAUCAAAUUGAACUUGAAAAAGGAAGUAUAGAGAUUCUUUUACAAAUAGCAGCAAAUGUCAAUUAUGAUGCAAGUAUAAAAGAAGAAAUUAGUGAGUUAUUGAGUGGUUAUAAAUUAGAAGGUAACCAGAAAACCGUAUAUGAACAAGCUUAUAUGAUAUGUGAUUCAGAUGGUGAGUUCUUAGAUAAAUUAGCUAGUUUUGACAAACUUAAAUUAUUCAAACAAAAUUUUGAUCGAAUCAGUUCUAUUAUUGAGAAGAGUUCAGAAUUGAAAUUUCAAGCUCUCAACAUUUUAUUGAAUUGUUCGAAUAAGAAAAAUAUUCCAGAUAAAUUAUUAGAUAGUAUUGCUCUUUUAUUAGAAAGUACUAACUCAUUAAGAAUCAAAUCAAAAUGUUGUCAACUAAUAAAGGAAAUAGCUGAAACAGGAGGAACUGUUACAUAUAAAAUUAUAUCAGUUAUUCUUGAUCAAGAUGAACAAGAAAAGCCAAUAGAUAUACUUAAAUUAAUAUCUAAAAAUCAAACGAUUCCAGAAGAAUUACAAAAUAAAAUAAAAUUAUCUUCAGGCAUUGCUUCAAUGACAGAUAUCAGUUUUAGAGCUCUUAGUGAAUUUUUGAAAAAUAUUCGAGAAGAAUUCAACAAAAAUAAAACAUUUUCUGAUCUAUCAAUUCGAAACUUACUUUCAUUAAAAAUUUCAAAGAAUGAUAUUCAAAAUGAUUCAGAAUUAGAAAAAGAAUUAAAUGAUAUAUAUGCGCUAGUUCUAAUACAAGAUCCUAAUUACUCUUCAAAUCAGACGAUUAUUGAUAGUUUGGAGAAAGCCAUUAUAUCUACAAUGAUAAAUGAGAAUAUUCUUAAUGCAUAUAAAGAAAUCAUUAAACAAACACGAUGUCAAACAAAUAAUUUUUCUAAAGUAUUCGACGCUUUUAUAGACAUAUUAAAUCAGGAUAAGAACUAUACGGAAUUCAACUUUGAUAUUCUUGUAUGUAUUGCUCUAGCAUCUGAAUCUACACAAAUUUCGGAAUUAAAGCAUCUAGAAAAUAAUCUUUCUAAUGAUAAUGAAAUGAUUCGUAGUUGGUCAUUUAGAGGUUUAAGAGCAGCUCAUGAGAAAGGUUCAUACUCUUCAAUAUUUAAAGAAUGUUGUGAUAAUAUUAUUAAUACACUGGAAGAAAAUACUAAAAUUAUAAUAGAUAUAGAUUUGGAUUUAUUCGAAACUAUAGCUUCAUUAAAGUUCAUCGAUUUUAAUAAAAUCCGUGAUAAACCAAAAGAUCAAUGGAAUAGAGAACUUUUAAUAUUUGAUUUAAUAGAAAGAUUUCAAAUAAGCGAAGGAGAAUGUUUUCAAUUUUAUCAGGCUUGGCUUCGUAUUGAAGAACACGAAGGAUACGAGAAAGGCCAAAGUAAUAUAUUAUUGAAAUUAUUACAUCGUUUUCUGGUGUAUAAUCGUAUAUCGUUUGAUGAAUGUUAUCAAACAAUAAAGAUUGUCAAGCAACUUAGUUUUGAAAGUGUUCAUAACAUUUUAUUGAAUAGUAAGAAUCCAUUGAUUGACUUGAAUAAAAAGUAUCUAAUCGUGAUCAUAACUCAACGUUUACGUAACAAAGACGAGAUUAGUCCUGAAUAUAUUGAAGGUUCAGCCUCUUCUAUGAUAUUGAAAUUAGGCUUUGAUAUUAGCCAAAAACUUUUGGAUGCACUACACAAUAUUGAUAAUUUAACAGAAUUUGAUUAUAUUGUAACUUUUUCUCAAAAAAAUAAUAUUAAAAUAUCUGAUAUCUAUGUUAAGAAUGCAACGAUUUCAAAGUUGAAAAGAUCAUUAGAAAUAAAAUUCUUAGGCCAUCAAAUUGUUAGAACUGAUCGCUUGAGAUUAGCUCAUCAUAUUGAUACUUUAUUAGACCGAAAUUGGAAAUUUGAAGAAUUAAAUGAUUUAUUUAAAAUCUUUAAAGAAUCGAAUAAUCAAAACAAGACUCGAUAUUUUAUGAAUGUUCUCGAAAUUUUAUCACAUUAUAAAAUUCCUCCAAAGGAUAAAGAAAAACUAUUAUUAGCUUUAAAGAAUCCAGUCGAAAAUUGGCAAAGAGAAAUCAAUAAAAUUGCGAUUGAAAACAAUUUUCCUGAUAAAAGUAAAGAGAAAAAUUCAAAAGAUUUAAUCGAUGAAUUGAAAACUCAAAAUUCUCUUAAUCAAAACUUGAAACAUUUAACUGAAAAAACACUACUAGAAUGGAUAGAAAAAAUUAAAAAUCAGUCUUCGAUAUCUUCAUUGCUCGAUGAAAAAGAUGAAAAUAGGUUUCCUCUAGUCAAUCAAAAUUCUAUCACUCAAUGGACAAAAGUCGACAUUCAAAACUGGGCAAAAAAAGUAAAAGCUAAUGUUGAAACUUUUAAAAAUAAAAAAGAUUUUAUAAUAGAAGCUUUAGCAGUAAUAAAACAAGCGACUUACUUAGACACCGACUUUCAUCUAAAUGAUGCUCAAAUUUUAAGUUGUUUAAUUGCUUUAAAUCUGAAUAAUAAUCAAGGAAGAUUAUUACAAGUGGCAACUGGUGAAGGUAAAUCCACAAUAAUAAGUGUAUUAGCUAUAUUUUAUGCUUUAACGGGUAAAACUGUAGAUAUCAUAACUAGUUCUCCAGUACUUGCAGAAAGAGACGCAAAAGAAAAAGCGAAAUUCUAUAAUAUGUUUGGUCUUGGUUGUAGUCACAAUAAUGAUAAGCUGGUUUAUGUAAAAGGUCUAAAAACUUGUUACAAAAAGGAAAUAGUUUAUGGUGAAGCAGCACAAUUUCAAUUUGAUAUUCUAAGAACAGAAUAUGCUCAACUUAAUACAUUGGGGGAUAGGAAAUGUGAAGUUGCUAUAGUAGAUGAAGUAGACAGUAUGCUUAUUGAUGAUAGUUCGAAAAUUGCACGACUUGCAACGACUGUGUCUGGUAUGGAUCAGUUACAGAUAAUAUAUCAUUUAUUAUGGAAUCAACUUGUUACGUUGCAAGAAAAAAUCAUUGCAGUUGAUAAUAAAUUAUAUUUAUUUUAUGGAAAGAUUGAAUUUAAAAAAGAGAAAAUUAUUUUAGAAUAUGCAAAUGAACAAGGAGAUAUUGUUUCGAUUUCAGAUUUGAAAAGUUAUCUAACACUUACAUCAGAUAUAAGCGAUAUAGGAUUUUGUAUACCGGAAUAUAAUGAAUUCGAUGUAGUUAUUAAAAAACAUUUAAAAGAUUAUAUUAUAUCAUUCAUUGAGAAGAAUAUUAGAAUUCCAAAAAACUUCAAAGAUUUUGUUGAUACACAAAUACCUAAAUGGAUUGAAAAUUGUAUAACUGCUUAUACUUAUCAGGAAAAUGUACAUUAUAUUGUACACGAAGGUUUAAUUAAACCAGUUGAUUAUUAUAGUACAGGAAUUGUACAGAGUUCUUCGAAUUGGAGUGAUGGAUUACAUCAAUUUUUACAAAUAAAACAUAAUCUCAAAAUGACUUCUGAAACUUUUACUACUAAUUUUCUAUCGAAUCGAGGAUAUUUUACAAAAUAUGGUUCGAAUUUAUUUGGUUUUACAGGAACACUCGGUUCGGAAAAAGCUAAACAAGUAUUAGCCGAAGUAUAUAAUUUAGAUUUUGUUAUGAUUCCUAGUUUGCGUCGAAAACAACAUCUCUCUUUACCUGAUAUUGUAGUAGAUAAUGAAAUAUAUUGGCUAGAAGAAAUCUGUCAUUCUGCAAUUAAUGAAUCGAGGAAAGAGAGAGGAACUUUAAUUAUUUGUGAGACAAUCGAACAUUGUAAAAUCAUAGCAGAAACAAUUCAACAAGAAUAUCGUUCGAGUACAAUUAAACUUUACACAAUGAAUGAUAUGAAUCAAGAGGAAAAUAUCAAAAUAAUAAAUCCCAGAGAAAUAAUUAUAGCUACUAAUCUGGCAGGACGAGGUACAGAUAUAAAAACAGAUGAAAUCGAAGAACAUGGGGGUCUUCAUGUUAUUGUAACAUUUAUGCCAUCGAAUCAACGUGUUGAAGAACAAGCAUUCGGUAGAACUUCAAGACAAGGUAAAAGAGGUACAAGUCAAAAGAUAUUAAACGCAAUUGAUUUAAUCCAUUAUCAAGAUUUAGAUAUAAAGAAUAUUACACAGGAAAGAGAUAGAAUUGAAGCGAAUAUGUUAAAUGACUUUGAACAAAAUGAAUUAGAAGUAAUUCGUUUAAAAGAUGAACUUUUUGUCAAAUUUUGUUCUUUAUUAAAAGAAAUACGUAAAAAAAUACGAGAAAAUAAUAGUUUAGUUAAAAAUGUAAAGAAUGCUGUUAAAAGUGCACUUGUAAAUGUUAAUCCUUCUAUUUUUGAAUCGAAUGUACUUCUUAGCAUCGAAGAACAAUGGGCUAUGUUUUUACGUCAAAUUGAUGAUGAAAAAUCUAAUUUCAAGUAUGAAAAAAUUCAUGAUGAUUAUGAAAAAUUUAGUAAGAAAAUAAUCGAUGAUUAUGAAAAUAAUUGUGUUAUUAAAAAUCCGUACUAUCAUAUUAUCAUUGGUAAUGACUUAGUCAUCAAUGAUUCUUCGUUGAAUAGUAAAUAUGACGAAGCAAUGAAACAUUUCGAACGAGCUAUAGAACUAGAUCCAGAUCAUUGUGCAGCUGCUUUCGUUGGAAGAGGAUGGCUUUUAUUAAAAGGUAAAGAAAAAAUUGUAGUUUCGAAUAAACAAUGUUUAAACUAUAAAGAUACAGCUAUUAGGUCAUUUCAAAGAGCACUUGAACUUUUGAGUGAGGAAAUGACCUUACUAACAUCUAUGCAAGCGCUUUCACAACAGCGAUGUACAAAUAUCGACACUCCCCUAUUUAAACAGUUGAUUCAGAAAAGCAAUAUUUUAGGUACUUAUUGUAAUCAUCUAGAAAAUCUUAUAAGCAUUACAAGAAAAUCUCAAAGAUUAAUUCAAAUAACAGAAAUAAUUGACUAUUCAGAAUCUAUAGGAAAUAUAACGAAUACUGGAAUACUUAAAAAAAUAGUUUCGUACAAUAAAAUUGAGAAAGGUAUUGGAAAAUGGUGUAAUAUUCGUUUAGUAACUUCCGAGCAUGUGCACCGUCACAAAAAUGCCAUUGAAAAUUGUAAAGAAAUAGCUAUUGUUAAAGAUGAUGAAAGCGAAUUCAAGGUCAUUUAUAAACAGAAAGACGAAGAAAAAUUAGGUGCAUGGGUAGUGAAUGAUUCCAAAAUAAAUGAAAGUCUUUCAAAUUUAGUUUAUGACGAUGGAAUACUCGAUCGAAGUAAUUAUUCGACAAUCUAUGAUCAAAUUUAUAAAGAAGUUUCAUCAAAAAAUGGUUUUAUUCGAGCAGAUUUUUUAGUACCUCUUCAAAAUCUACCGAAAAAUAGAAAAUAUGAAGUAACAUUUAAUGAUUUCACUACAAGAGAAGAUUGUGGAACUCGAGAUCAAGCUAUUGAGACUAUUAAUCGAGCAAUAGCGAAGUCUGACAUAAUUAAUAGUUCAAGUUCUAGAACAAAAAGUAUUUUGAAUAGUGAAUACCAAUAUAUUAACGUUAGUAUAUAUCAGAUUAAUUCAGAAAUAAUGCAAGACCUUUUCAAUCCUGAUAUCGAAAUUCUGGAAGUUACAAAACAAAAAGCUCUGACACAACUGAAAGACAAAAGUUCGUUUUUUCAUCGUCAUUUAUUUCCAGAUUCUAUAUCUCCUGAUUCAUAUAAGGUUAAUUUAGAUGUUAUUCAGGAUAAUAAUAAAAUACGACAAGAAAAAGAUUUACAAGUAAGAGAUGUAAUAGAAAUUAUUGAAAAACAAGAUUUUGUUAUUGAAAAAGAAAAAGGUGUUAUUAAUAAACAAGAAAAAGAUAAUUUACAUUACAAUUUGACUUUCAUAGCUGCUAACAAAAAAAUAUCCGAAGUUAUUAAAAACAAAAUAUUAAAUCACGCAAAAUUAACUGUUGAAUUUGUUGAUUUAGAUGGACAAGAGGUUUUAAACAAAGUAACAGAAAUCAGUUCUACAAGUAUUACUCUUGAAAUAUUCGAUGGAAAAGAACAAUUAUUAGAAGUUAUAAGUGAAAAGCAUUUUGUCCCAUGGUUUAGCAUCGCUACUGUAGCUGGUCUAGCUGCUGUCCAAAUGACAGUAGGUGGAAUUCUUGUAGCAACUGGAUUUGGAUCCACUGUAGGAAUGGGUCUAAUUACUGAAGGAGUAGCAGAUUUAGUCAUUGCCUUUCGAGUCUAUAGCACAAGACAAUUUAGUUGGUCAGAUUAUGGAAAACAAAAAGCAGUAAGUUUGAUUAUCUCAGCAGUUUCAAUGGGGAUUUCAGCAAUUAAGGAUGCAGGUAAAGGAGCUAAGACUUUAGUAACAGCCGCUGGGAAGGAAUUAGCUGAACAAGCUGGUACAAAAGCAAUAAUGAGUGGAAACGCAGCGGGCCAAGAAUUAGUUAAGAGACAAGGUAUAGUAGAACUAAAUAACGAAUUAGCAAAUCAAAAUUUUCUGACUCAAUUAAAAGCAAUUCAUUUUCCUGGAUUUGAUAUCCAUAAGGACAAUAUUGUAAAUUUUCUCAUACCUUUACAUACAACUAUGUCUAAAUUAGAUAUCAAUGAUUUUAGUGAAAUAAUGAAAUUAGUAUCAGACACAAUUACAGAUCAAGUAUUGAGAAUAACACAAUCACAGCUAAUUUCACCGUGGAGUAAUUAUGGUAUGAGUGAAUUAACAAAGGCUAUUUCAGAAAAAAUACAAUAUAAUUUGAUUGACGAUGAAAAACAAAAUUCAGAUAGUCAAAAUCAACAAAAUCAACAAAAAGAAGAAAAGACAUGUAAUAUCAUUGCUAAAAAAAUUCAAUAUAAUGCUAGAGAUUACAUUAUAGCAUAUAGUCAAUGUGAAAUGAUUCAUUAUGCUCAGCAAAAACACAAAACUAAUCAUCAAAAAAUAGACGAGAAUGUAAAAGCUUAUGCUAGCAGCGUUAGAAUGGAUAUACCAGCAAACAUGUCUGACAUGUUUACAUUGGCUAAUGAAUAUAGAUUAGAUCUAAAAAUAGUGGACGAUCCUAAUUAUCAAAUAACAAAAGAAGACAAGACAAGACGUACUAGCAUUGUACUACACGUAAAAGAAGCAAAAGACACUGAGAGAAAUACUAACAUAGAACACUUUGAGCUCAUGUCCAACUGCGGAAAAGAAAAUGAUUCUAAAACUAAAAAGAAUGAUUGUGGCUAUAGCGUUAUUCAAAAAAUAUUAUACCAUAGAGACAUUUAUGAAUCUACUGAGAAUCUUCGUAAUGUUAGAGCUCAAAUAAUAGAAAAUAAUCCUCAAGAAUUUUCUAUAGGACAAGUGGCACAAAGCUGGAUUAAAACUCGUUGUCCUGAAGCAGCUAAUAUUUUACUAAUGGUACCAUCAGAUCGAAAAUCGAGGACCUCUAAAGAUAAAAACCCUGAGUUAACACUGAAUUCUAAAACCACAAUUAUAAUUGACCAGCCUAAAAAGCAGCUAGAGAAUUUUAGACAAUGGUCAUUGAAUGAAACAAUAGAAAAAGAUGAGGUAUUUUCACUUAUCAACAAGGGGAUGAAGAAACUAGAAAAGCAAGGUUAUGUGGACUUUAGAACCAAUUUCGAUAGCAACAAACGUACCAUAGUUGAAACAGAUAAUUUGCGUCUUGAUAACCAGAAACCAACUGACGGUCAUCUUUAUGUGAAUUACCAAAUACAAUUGAGUCGGACAACAUCUUAUCGACGUAGUAAAGAUUCUACGACUGUAGCCAAUGUUCUGGUGAAAAGGCCUACUAAUUCUAAUAGUGUUUAUCGUUAUAGGUCAGAGGAUAUUAAGGAAGCUUUCAUUCAAAGUUUUGAAGAUGGUAAAAUAGUUACAUUGAGUCCACCCAAUAAUAAUCUUUG